AUGGAUAAGUUACAAGAGUAUGCAGAAACGGUGCUGGCAGACGUCAAGAGCAUACACUCUGUAGAAGACGCUUUGCAGUCUUUGACAGUCAGAGUGACUGGUAUGCUGUUCGUCACAGCACUUGCAGUAUGGAUCUCGAGCAGAAGCACCACCGGUGGCAGUUCCAGUGGCAAGAAGAAAUCCAAGAAGAAGUCCAAGGGCAGGACCAAAGGAAAAGUCGUUAAGAAAAAGGUCAUGACUGAAGAAGAGACUAUCAAAGAUGUUAUCAACAGAUUCGAAAAAGAAUACGAACAAGGCUUGACGAAAUUGUUGGAAAACUUCGAUCCGUCCUCGGAAACAAUGCAAUACGAACGGAACUACUACAACGAAAUGCUCCUCCACUUGUUAUUGGACCUCGAUGGAGUCCAUCUUGGCAAUUUGGAAGGUGACAAGAAGGAAGAAGUGCGUUUGCAAAGAAAGGCAGCCAUCAAGAAGAUCCAGCUCGAACUCAAAAAGCUUGAUAAGCUCGAAAAAAAAUAA